GAUCCUAGACUUGCACCAUUGAAGGCUGUAGGGUAUUUUCCUCCUAUGGUGGCAACAUCCCCAGGUGUAGCAGCAUUUUCCACGUUACCAGCUCCGCUCGCUUGUAGCAGCAAUGCGGGCUCUGGAAACUCCACGGCAUCCCCUCUCUGGCUGUAGCAGCUCCUCCACGUGUCACCAUCCCAACUCCCCCGCAUCACUGCCAGCAGCAACCUACCUCCAGCGACUCGCACCCAUGUGUUGAUGGCUUCGCAAGUAACAAGACACACUCAUUCUCUCCGCCUCUUGCUCGGGAUGCAACUAUUAACUCCGUCAAUUAGUCGCGUCUCUCCGUCGAGUAGUCUCUUUUCGUCAACUGGUACUACUACUAGUGUUAGUAUUCGCGCUAUAAUGCAGCCAGUUCUAAUCAGAACUCCCGCCGUUCCACGUGACUUCCUUAGCCGAUCCUCUCUACCACGUCAUUUAAAUCGAUUCAAGGAGUCUCCGUUAAGCUCACAUCCGCUAAAAGCCUCCGUUUCGCAUUCGUCCGCGUUUCCCUCGGCGGUUGCUCACCAGCAGCAUUUGUCAGCAUCCGUUUCGUCUGGUCCGAUUCUGUCAGAAUCAGAAUCAGAAUCCGAUCCGUCAUCUCGUGAAUCUAAUGAUCCGUCUCGUUGGGAUGCUGUAUACGACAAUGACCGCCGCCCGCUCUGCGAGCACGAGCCAAUGGCGCUCGUGCCGCUGGAGGACCUGCUGACGUGGCUGGCGGAGCAGCAGCGGCGGAUCGACGGUGAGAUCGGCGACAGGCUGGAGGAAUCCGACGGCGGACCUUCAAGGAAGGAGCUGAGGAGGGAGCUCGAUUGGCUGCUAGAAGACGCCGUUGCUGGAUGGGUGGAGGGGGGAGUGGGUUUGGAGAUUAAGAGACGAAAGAAGGUUAUGAUUGUUGAGGGAGAGGGGGGGGAGGAAGGAGAGGGAAAUGAGGGAGGAAAUGAGGGGGAGUGGAUGAGGUAUUUGAAAAGGUCGGAUUGGAGAGAGAUAUGCCUAAUGGGUGGCACCAUUCACAGAAAGAAAAACAACAGCUGCAGCACCAGCACCAGCAGCAGCAGCAGCAACAGCAGCAGCAGCACCACCAGCACAAACAGUCACUUCAAGAGGAGCAGGAGCAGCAAUCAAUCACCCUCUCCCCUCGUGGCUCUCCGCCUGCCCUUCCCUUCGCUCCGCCUCCUCUGGUCCGCGCGUGUCUCCCUGCGGGUGCCCUCCCAGUACCUCGUGGGGGGAGCCCACUGGCGGGACCUGCUGAUGGCGGUUAGGCCGGGCGUGCUUAUACCGCGGCCGGAGACCGAGCUCUUAGUGGAACUCGCUAUAGCGGGUAUGGAAAGGGCUGAGGAGAUGGGUAGGAGGGAGAGGAGGGAUGCUUUAGGUGAGAGGGAGGGUUUGGAUGCGAGGGAAGUUUGGGAUGGAAGGGAGGUUUGGGCAGACCUGGGAACGGGGAGUGGGGCGAUUGCUGUGGCUUUGGCUCGGGAAAUUCUGAACAGGAGGGAGAGAGGGGGAAGGGGCGCUGUGAAGCAGCAAUGCGGGGAGAGGGGAGGGGAGGGAGGAGGAGGUGGAGAGGGAGGAGAGGAAGGGGGGAGGGUGGGAGAGGAGUUGGUGGUGGUGGCUGUUGAUGCUAGUGCGGUGGCGUGUGAGGUGGCUGAGAUGAAUGUGAAGAGAUACGGGCUGCAGGCACACGUACACGUGGCACGAGGUGAUUGGUUCGCUCCUCUACAGAGCAUGCGCAUGCAUGGUCAGUUGCAUGGCAUAGUGAGCAACCCCCCCUACAUCCCAUGCCACCUGCUGCCAUCGCUGCAACCUGAGGUGCGAUGCCAUGAGCCCUCCAUGGCCCUCGACGGAGAUGCUUAUGAGGAGGAUGCCGAUGCUGGUGAAGGUCGUGCUGUUGCUGGUGCUGCCAGUUCUGCUGCUGGUACACCCAGUGCAUCUGGUGGUGAUGCCAAUGCAGACGGCACAGCAUGUCUGCGGCACAUCUGUCAGAAUGCUUCCAUCUUCCUCCGGCCGUUCGGCUUUCUUGCACUCGAGACUCAUGGAUGGGGGCAGGCAGAGAUUAUAGCUGACGUGUUGGCCAAUCAAAGAUCGCCAGAUGGCAAGCCAUUGUAUUGUGAUGUCCAAGUUGCCAAGGAUUGGUAUGGUGUUACUCGAUUUGUAACAGCACACAGAUCAGAUGCUUCAUGGUGAACAACUCGUGUCAUGUCACACAAAAUGAACUCAUCUGUAAUUUCUCAAAACAUUGGUUAAAUAAAAACUGCGUACAACU